CAUUAAACUGAACCAAACUAUCUCUUCCUGGUAAAAAAUUAGGCAAAGAGAUUAAAGAAUGAGAGAAAUAAAGGAGACAAAUAUGGAGGCUCAGCUUGGAGUUGACCUUUAGCAGUUGGGAGCCUGAGAGCUGCAGAGAGAGAAACAAGUGAAAUAAACCUCUCAGAUUCAGAUUGGUUCCAUUUGGAUUUAGGGUUUUCUUUCUUCUUCUUCCCCCGAAGAAAGAAGAAAGAAGAAAGAAGAUGAUGUUAAUGGCGUGGGAAGGAUAAUCAAACAAGCAAACAAUCCCAAAAGCGAAACAAUGGGGUGGAGGAAUGCGUUUGACAAUGCGAAGCCAGUGUUCGUGACUAUAUACGCCACUGUAAUAAUUGGGAUCAUCUUCUCGUCUUUGUAUGUGAUAUCGGCCAUUUACUCUGGCAAGUCUGCUGCAGAUUCCACCACCUCCUGGCUUUCCCGUUCUCCUCCUGUAGAGCAAGCACCCAAUGUUUCUCAACCAGGAAUAGUUCAAGCAGUUCCCACACCUUCACUAGAGCCUCGAAGCAUGUCAACAAGACCCAUUUGGGAAGCUCCUCUACACACAAAUAAAAUGCCACCCUUGAAGAAAUUUAGACUGAGCAAAGAACUGGUUCAGGAAAGAGUGAAGGAUAACAUCAUUAUUGUGACCUUUGGGAACUAUGCAUUCAUGGAUUUUAUCCUGACUUGGGUUAAACACUUGACUGAUCUGGGGCUUUCUAACCUUCUCAUUGGUGCAAUGGACACCAAACUGUUGGAGGCUUUGUACUGGAAGGGUGUUCCAGUAUUUGAUAUGGGCAGCCAUAUGAGCACAAUAGAUGUUGGAUGGGGAUCACCAACAUUCCACAAGAUGGGGAGAGAAAAGGUUAUACUGAUAGACUCAAUCCUCCCUUAUGGCUAUGAGCUCUUGAUGUGCGAUACAGACAUGGUUUGGUUAAAGGACCCACUUCCAUAUCUUGCUCGCUAUCCUGAAGCAGAUGUCUUGACUUCCAGUGAUCAAGUUGUACCAACAGUCACCGAUGACAGGUUGGACAUUUGGCAACAAGUUGGUGCUGCCUACAAUAUUGGAAUUUUCCACUGGCGGCCAACAGACGCUGCUAAAAGAUUGGCUAAGGAAUGGAAAGAUAUGCUUCUAGCUGAUGAAAAGAUAUGGGAUCAGAAUGGGUUUAAUGAUCUCGUACGGAAGCAGUUAGGACCACCUGUUGAUGGAGAGAGUGGACUUGUGUAUGCUUUUGAUGGAAAUCUCAAGCUUGGAGUUUUGCCUGCAAGCAUAUUUUGUAGCGGGCAUACAUAUUUUGUCCAGGCCACGUAUCAGCAAUUGAGGUUGGAGCCAUACGCAGUGCAUACCACAUUCCAGUAUGCUGGUACUGAAGGAAAGCGCCACCGACUACGCGAAGGCAUGGUUUUCUAUGACCCACCAGAAUACUAUGAUGCACCAGGAGGGUUUUUGUCAUUUAAGCCAUCUAUUCCAAAGACCUUGUUACUAGAUGGGGAGCAUAACGUCAAAUCACAUUUUUCUCUUAUUAAUUACCAAAUAAAGCAGAUAAGGAUGGCACUUGCUAUUGCUUCCUUGUUGAAUCGCACCUUGGUCAUGCCUCCACUGUGGUGCAGGUUGGAUAGGCUGUGGUUUCCCCACCCUGGCGUCCUUGAGGGAUCUAUCACUCGACAACCUUUUAUUUGCCCUCUUGACCAUGUAUUUGAGGUAAAUGUCAUGCUCAAGGAAUUGCCAGAGGAGAUAUUUGGGCCCCAGAUCAAUAUAAGAGAAUACUCAUUUUUUGAAAAUCCAUUGAUGCCAAAACAGGUGAAAGAAUCAUGGCUUGAGGUCCAGCUUUGUCAAGAAGGAACCCAAGACUGCGUUGCUUCAAAUACUACCAGCCCAUCAGGAGUGCUGAGAUUUCCAAAGAGAAGCAAUGAAGAAACGUUCAAGACAAUAUUCUCCUCAUUCAAGGAUGUAAAAGUAAUUCAGUUUUCUUCUAUGCAAGAUUCCUUCCCAGGUUUCACUGACAAGGCAAGGGAAGAGAAAUUCAAGAACCGCGUGAAGCGGUAUGUUGGUAUAUGGUGUUGUGUGGCGGAACACACUCCUGGUCACAUAUACUAUGACAUGUACUGGGAUGAGAAACCAGGUUGGAAACCUAUCCCACCUCAAACACCAGAGGAUGAUCACCCGCCACCAUAAAACCCUAGCUACACGCGGGUAUGUUUGUCAACACACAAGCAGAGCAUGGGAGAAAUACGGAAAGAAAUAUCUCACACGAAUUAGUUCCUAACUUAUAAUUAUAUCCAACGAAGAGGACUGCAUCCACAUUUGUACAUGGAGAGGCUGUGUCCACCUUAAGAAGGUAAUUUGAUGCUGAAAUGCCAUCAUGUUGUGUAUCAGUAAAGAAAUCUUUUUUGACGUGUAUCAAUAUUCCCAUAGCUCAAAUAAAAGGAAAACGGAAACUUUUUAUUUA